AAUCGAGUAUUCGCCAGGCCCAAUAAAAUGGUGGCGUGAGAUUCACAAUCUUGAACGUCGUUUGGCCAAGCUGCACGAACUAGGAAUCAUGGCAGCUCCCAUUCAAAUCGAAUGAAACGGAAACAAUUAUCAAAUUUCUUCUGAUUUUAGCAGGAUUGGUCUAUCCACCAAAACAACUGUUGCAGACAGUGAGAUGUCACAAGGAGCAAGGUGCAUGAAUAUUUGAAUGGCAUGCCUGUCUUGCGCUCUUGCUUAGUAACAUACCAAAAUGGCGAUGUGUGAUAGCUAGAGUUAGUUCUCAGAGAUUAUAUGGGGGAUGACAUGGAAACUAGAAGAGGUAAUUUAGAUAUUGAUUUGGAGAGUGGGGGGGUGAUAGGAGAUGGUAGAAGAAGUGAAAGCUUGAAUCUGAGUGAUGAUAAUCUCGGCAUAUUUUUGCACAGAGCAUGGAAUUCUUUGCCGGUAGAGCGUUUGAAAAAUGGAUCAAUUUCAGGUGAAGAAGGUGGCCAUUCAUAUGGGCAGAUUUUGUGUGAUAAUUCUGUUAAGAAUGCAGAAUUAACAGAUAUUCAUUCGAGCAAAGUGAAGGACAGUAAAAGAAAUCCUAAAGAGAAGAAAGCAGCUAAAGAGAAAUUAAAAAAGCCAAAGCCUUCAAAACCACCCAGACCUCCCAAAAAUCCCUCAUUGGAUGCUGCUGACAUCAAACUCAUCAAGGAAAUUUCUGAGAUGACAUUACGAAAGCAUAAAAGCUUGGAACGCCUAAGCCUAUUGAGGAAAAUAAAGAAAGAGGGAAAAUCAUCCGCUAAAGCUAACGUCUUGGCAAUGGGAAUUACAGUUCUGUUCUUCUUUGUUAUUAUAUUUCAUGGUAAAGACGCCUUUCAGAGUUUGAAGAUUUGAUUAUUUCAAUUUGUCAUUUAUCUUCCCCAUGGUUCUAGCAUUAAAUUAUUUUAUGCAAUGAGUUAUCAAAUAAUGGUAUAUUCUCCCCAUUCCAUGCUAUAGAUGCAUAUCUGCCUGACUUGGUUUGAUUUUCGAUAUCCACAGUUAUAGUGUUUUCUCUUAGGACCAAUGAAUGAUUAAUUGUUG